AGUGCCUGCCACCUAACCCAUAAAGUCACGCUCAUAGCGCGUGUCUAAAUCGCCUUGGCGACAAUGUCGAAGCCAACCGGUGCCACUUUCCACCCUCCACUUGCUUUCUUCCUUCGUUUCUGUCUUGCCCUUUCACAGGCGUAAAAAUGCAACUGAAUUUUGUCUUUAUAAAACUCCGAAUAGGCUCUGCCCCAUCCAUCUCUCCCAUUUCUUCCUUUUAAUGGCCGUCUUUCCCUUACCAACCUCUCCUCCAACAUCUGAUCCGUGCCUUUGCUUCUUCCUUUUCACGCCCUCUAUCUCUUUCUCUCUGUCUCCGUAGCCAUGCACUCUCACUCUCAUUCUCUGAAGCCUACCCAUUUCCAUCGCCUACACUUUUCCUGGUUGCCGAAACCUGUUCCUCUUUUCACGCCCUCUCGCAUUCGAUCCGCUUCACUUUUUCCCCUUGAUCUCAAGUUAAAUGCGCCGAUUGUUCAAACACCUGGGUGCUGCUUACGACGCAGUCUUGUUCGAUUUAAGGCCUUCGAUGGGGAUUCUAUCGACAUACCAUCCCUUGAUGACGGGAGCGACAUGGAUGGGACAGCUGGAUACGUGCUUUCAUCCAGUGAAGGUGAAGAGAGCGAUGCAGAAACUAUGCUAUAUCCAGUAGCCGACGAUGAUUUGCCUAAAGUCCUUGUGUCGACUGAUGAGGCUUUUUCAACGACUGCUCACCGGUUUGCAAUGCUCGGGAGAAGGCGCAGGAAACGCAGGAUUAAACUUGGGGUUUUAAUCAAUAUUGGACUCAUAAUCUUCUUGAUGGUGCUUCUUUUAUUCGUGGAUUGGUGUGCAUGGCGGAUAGUUAGGCUGCCUUUAGAAACAUUUUACUUGACCCGCCCUUUUCUUAUAUCGGCCAUUCUAGUCUCUUGUGCAGGCUAUGUCUGUGUUCCAUUACUGUAUAGGUUCAGGAUUCAUCAAAUAAUCAGAAAAGAAGGGCCUUCUAAGCACUCGUUAAAAAAGAGAACUCCCACAAUGGGUGGAUUAUUUUUUGUUCCUAUAGGUGUAACUGUUGCCGGAUUCAUUGCUGGUUUUUCUUCCACUGAAGUAUCUGGAGCAGCAACAGCAACUCUAGCCUUUGCUGCAAUUGGGCUACUUGAUGAUAUCUUAAGUGUCAGCAAGAAUCAUAAUAGUGGCUUAUUGGCAUGGACAAAAAUUUUGUUGGAGGUAGCUGUUGGGACCUGGUUCUCAUUUUGGUUGGAUACCACGAGUAUAUCGUCACCUUACAGCAUAAAAAUGUUGCUUCCUCUACCGGGACCAGUAGGACUUGUGUACCUGGGAAGAUGUUAUCUAUUGUUGACUUCAUUUUGUUUUGUGUCCAUGGGAAAUGGGGUUAACUUAACAGAUGGUCUCGACGGACUGGCUGGAGGGACUGCUGCAUUGGCUUUUAUAGGAAUGUCAAUUGCAGUGCUUCCAAUAUGUUCUGACCUUGCUAUAUUUGGGGCAUCAAUGGCAGGAGCCUGUGUUGGUUUUCUUUCGCACAACAGAUACAGAGCAUCUGUAUUUAUGGGCACUGGCUCCUUGGCACUUGGUGGAGCAUUGGCUGCAAUGGCUGGUUGUACUGGAAUGUUCUUUCCAUUAUUUAUUUCAUCUGGAAUAUUUGUCAUUGAGGCAUCAACAAUUAUCAUACAGGUAUUGUAUUUCAAGGCGACCAAAUGUUUGUGGGCAGCUGGGCGCCGGCCAUUCCGAAUGGCUCCCCUUCAUCAUCACCUUGAGUUAUGUGGGAUCAAAGAACCAAUCAUUGUUGCAGGCGCAUACGUCGUAUCCUCCAUAUUGGCAUUAUUUGCUGCCUAUGCGGGUCUUAUUUCAGCAUGACAUCUCACAAUCAUGUUUUUCCAUUAAUUUUCUGAUAGUUAGGGUCACCGAAGUCAUAGUUCUUUGUGUAUUCUUUAUGAUUCUUUACUUCGAUUUGAAGUUUUCUGUUUUUCCA